AUGGGGAAUUAUGGAUUGUUUGAUCUAGAGAAGCACUAUGCAUUCUAUGGUGCAUACCAUAGUAACCCAAUAAACAUAUUGAUUCACAUGAUAUUUGUUUGGCCAAUCUUUUUCGCCUCUAGUUUGAUUCUUUAUUUCACACCUCCUCUGUUUAAUCUCCCUCAAGUCGAGUUAUCUCUGUUUGGUAGUAAUGAUGUGGUUCUGUUUCUUAACAUCGGGUUCUUUCUUGUUUUAAUAUAUGCUUUGUUUUAUAUCUGUUUGGACCCAAAAGCUGGUUCCUUGGCUGCUUUGUUCUGUGGUUUCUGUUGGGUAAGUAGUUGUUUUGUGGCUAGCUGGCUUGGAUUCUCUCUUGCUUGGAAGGUUGUCCUGGUGGCUCAAAUAAUUUGUUGGACUGGACAGUUCAUUGGCCAUGGGGUCUUUGAGAAACGAGCCCCUGCUCUUUUGGAUAACCUUGUUCAAGCCUUUGUAAUGGCUCCCUUCUUUGUGCUGCUGGAGGCUCUUCAAACCUCUUUUGGCUAUGAACCAUACCCAGGGUUUCAUGCCAGUGUUCAAGCAAAGAUUGAUGCUGAAAUAAAAGAGUGGAAAGAGAAGAAGCUGAAGUUGCGUAGUUAAACUGGAGCCCGUUCAAUAAUCAUCAUCGAUCAGUUUAGAUCCCGUUAUUAAACUAAAUAAUGCCAUACAGCUUCUAUACAAUAUCCAUGAUCACGCACAAUGUACCAAAAACUUUAUGAGUUGAAUGCGUGAUUAUUUUUCACUA